AUGCCAAAGGUAAAGGAAGACAGCGAAGAGCAUACACAACACUAUCUUCCAGCCAAUUAUGCUGCAUUUGUACAAUUUUUCAAGUUUUUGAUGAAAUUCCUGAUGGUCGUUUUGGGACUUGGCUUUGGAAGGAUAAGAAUGAUGCCAAGAAAGAAGCGGAGACACAAAUGGGCAUAUCAGGUGAUGAAUAAGAUGAUUGAGAAUGCUUCUAUGUAUAGGUAUUCUUCUGGAGGAAAAACUGGCAGGGGCUAUGGUGAAAUUACUGUGGACUUUCCCUUUAAUCCAAGCCAUAUGAUGAGUUCCUCGGAUGAAAACUUAAACAACCAAUGGGGAUUUCUAAAUAAAAGAGGUUCCUCAAAAGAGGGAGAGAAUUAUGCAAUGGUGGAUACUCGUAGUCCUAUACUAAUAGCAGCAAGUAAAGGGAUAACCGAAAUGGUAGACAAAAUUUUGGAAAAUUUUCCAGUUGCUAUCCAGGACGUGGAUGCCCAAAACAAAAAUGUCAUCCUCUUAGCAGCAGAGAAUGGACAUUAUCAUACUUUCAAAUUUCUAAUAGAAAGGAAAAUUUUCCAUGAGAGUGUUUUUCACCAUUUGGACAACCAAGGAAAUAAUGCAUUGCAUCUUGCUGCAAAGUAUGGACAUUAUCGACCCUGGAUUAUUCCAGGAUCUGCAUUGAUGCAGAUGCAAUGGGAACUCAAAUGGUAUAAGUUUGUCAGGAAAUCCAUGGCAAAACAUCGUCUUGCUGAUUACAACAAUAAACGUCAAACCCCAAAACAGGUCUUCACAGAAACACACAAAGUCCUCGUCAAAGAUGCAAGAGAAUGGCUCACCAAAACCUCUGAAUCAUGCUCCUUUAUUGCAACAAUUAUUGCAACCGUAGCAUUUGCCACUGCAACAAACGUUCCAGGAGGUUUCAAUCAAGAAAGUGGUAAACCAGUUCUAGGAGAUGAUCCUGCAUUUGGUGUAUUUGCAAUUUCAUCUUUUGUGGCUCUCUGCUUCUCUAUUAUAGCCUUAGUCACUUUCCUGGCAAUUAUCACCUCUCGAUUCGAAGAGAAAGAUUUUGAUUUGAAACUGCCUAGGAAACUUAUUUUAGGUUUAACAUCGCUAUUUACAUCUAUAGUUGCAAUGCUGGUCUCCUUUUGUGCAGGGCAUUUCUUUGAACUCAAAGAUAAAUUAAAAUUUGCAGCAUUUCCAAUAUACACAGCAGCAUGCUUGCCGAUUUCCUUCUUUGCUCUUGCACAACUACCACUCUACUUCGAUCUUUUCGAGGCUUUCUUCAAACAAGUGUCAUAA